AUGGGGCAGCGGCGGUAAUGGCGGUGGAGGCGGAUGCCUUCAGCCUGCGGGAGGUCCUCGCCGCCUUCCAGACGUGCGUGACGGAGCAGCGGGAGGUGCUGCUGGGCCCCUACCUCCGCGGAUGGCGGGGACUCAUCCGGUUCCUGCACAGCCUGGGCGCCAUCUUCUCCUUCGUCUCCAAGGACGCGGUGGCCAAGGUGCAGAUCAUGGAGAACUACUGCGGCGGCGAGCAGCGGGAGAAAUACGUGUCGCUGCAGUCCAUGGUGGAGUACGAGCUGGCCAGCGGGCUGGUGGAUCUCCAGAAGAGAUCGGGGCGACCCGACUCCGGCUGCCGCACCGUCCUGCGGCUCCACAGGGCCCUGCGCUGGCUGCAGCUCUUCCUGGAGGGGCUGAGGACCGGCACGGAGGACUCCCGCACCUCCGUCAUCUGCACAGACUCCUACAACGCUUCCCUGGCCGCCUACCACCCCUGGGUGAUUCGCAAGGCGGCCACGGUGGCCUUCUGCGCCCUGCCAUCCCGCAACGCCUUCCUGGAAAUCAUGAACGUGGGCACGGCUGAGGAGGCUGUGGCCAUGCUGGGUGAGGCCUUACCCUACAUCUGCGACGUCUACGGCAUCACCCAGGAGCUCUUUGCCCAGCACAAGCUGCUUGACCUUCCCUGAGGGAUGGUCACGAGCCGUGCCACGUUCUGACAGGAGUCGGGUGAAACGGGUGAAACCCGUGUGUUUUGAGACACACGAGGGGCUGGUUCUCUGCCCAUGCUCGCUGUCCCUUUUCCCUUUCCAGUACGGAGCUGGCAAGUUGCAAAGCUAUUCAGGAUGCCUCACUUUAUAAGAGAAAAAAAUGCACCUUUUUUGUUUUUAAGAUGUAUGUAUAUCUAUGUGUGUAGAGCCUCAGCUCUACAGCAAGAAAAAAAACACUAUUAGUUUGCUUAAGGGAUUUCUUUUCCUAGAUUCACCUUAAACUCUCCAGCUAGACUGGGAGUAUGUGGGGGGGGGUUCUUUUUUUUAAGCCAAACUCUGCAACUUAGCAGCUUCCGUGGGUUUACACCAAUAGUGGGGACCUCGUGUGACAGCACAACUUUCAGAUGUGGUGCCUGAGCACAUUAACACUCCACGGGAGCUCGCUUUGCCACUUUUGUUUACAAACUAUUCCCUUGAAGGGAUCCUGGGGGGGUUCCCUCCGUUAUGCUUUAACCAUGAAAAUACAAUCACGAGUAACGCCUGUCUGAAAGAAAGCCCUUUCCCUUGUGGUCACAGACUCAUUUGAUUACUGCUGCUAAUUCUGUGUCCCCAAGAAUUAAUGAAGGAAAGGGCAGUGUCUGUCAUUCCUGUAAGAGACUGCUCUUCCUUUGUGCUUGGACCUUCCUCCCGUGUCGCUUCCCCUGCCCGUUAAUCUCUGCUUUAUGUACCAGUGGAACAGUUCAUUAAGAUGUGCUGCACACUACUAUUUAUGAGCUGGAGGCUGUAUCUUACCUAUUCUCCAGCCAUGCUUCAAAACUGUAUUCUCUUGAUUAUUUUUUUUUGUUAAUGAAUGUGUCAAAUGCCUACAAAAAUGACUUCUCUGGGGAGAAAUCUGAACUUGUACUGUACAUCACGACUUUGUGAGGCUUACAGCUUCUAUUGCUAAUCACUGCAUACAAUAGCCAGUGUGUGUAUGUGUAUAUCUACAUAUACACACACCCAAGUAUGUAAAAUGCAGUUUACUUAGCUUUUUAAAAGCUGAAAAAGCACUAACAACAUUGUUAAUUCAGGAUGAUGUGAAUAUUCAGGGGAGGGGGAAUCCCACAGGCUGUAACAGGGGUUGAUGUAUCUCGGAUGGAUGGCAUUUUGUCCUAAUCUAACACUGAACAAUUCAUUCAGGAAAUCACUGUUACCUCAUGGAGAUUAAACAAACUGGACAUUAAAUUACGUGAAUAACAUGCUUCUGAAGAGUAUCUUUUCUAGG